UAUUGCUAGGCACUUGCCACAUUUUUUUCGACACCCAGAAACUUCGAAGACUGCAGCACCCAUGAGCAUGACCCCCGACUCUCAGAAUCUUAUGUCAUUGGUUGACCUCAUUUCAAACGCUGUGAAGGUCGUGACAGCAGAGUAUAUUCAAGCAGGGUAUAGUGUUCCAUCUUUAGAUUCCACAACUGCUGGUCCUUUUGACGCCCCAGAAGAAAUGUCAUCUACUUUGACCACUGCUGUGCGAACCAUUGAAGCAGCAUGCGCUCAACUGAGUUACACAGUAGCCAGUCCAGGCCAUGUAAUUACUAAUAAAAGCUAUGGGUUUUAUGAACCUGCUGCUCUCUUGGUCAUCUCCAAUGCCAAAGUUGCUGAUGUUCUCCUGUACAAACCUGAAGGAAUGCACAUUUCCGAAAUUGCAAAAGCCACUGGAUUAGAUCAAGGUAAACUUGGAAGAAUUAUGCGCAUGCUUGCAACAAAACAUUGCUUCCGUGAAGUAAAGCCAGAUGUUUUCGCCAACAAUCGAAUCAGUGUCAAGCUGCAAUCGGAUGACCCAGUUUCUGGGCUAGUAGGCCAUAUGACUGAUGAAGUGCAAAAGGGGGCUGUAUAUCUCAAUGAGGCCCUUUCAGAACCCCGGUCUGGACAUUCAGUACUUGCGAGUGAUACAUCUUUCCAACGCGCUCAUGGAUUCUCAGUGUUUGAAUAUUAUGAAACAGCUGAGGGUAAAAAACGUCUGGACCGGUUUGCUCAAGCAAUGAUUGGAUGGGGUGCUGUGACAGGUAAAGGGAUGCUUCCUAAAGCAUACCCGUGGAAUGACUGUCCAGCUGGUACCAUAAUAAAUGAUGUUGGGGGUGGCAACGGCCAUAUUAUGCUUGACCUCAUCGGUUCAUUCCCUCAGCUGAAGAUAAUUGUUCAAGACACCCCAUCUAUGAUGGAGCAGGCUAAAGAUCUGUGGAGCAAAGAGAAACCUGAGCUUGUUCAAAACUUAUCAGUUCAAUUCCAGGCUAUGAAUUUCCUGCAUGAUGCUCCUGUUGCUUCCUGUGAUUUUUACUAUCUUCGACAUGUGUUACAUGAUUGGCCAGACUUGGACUGCAUAAAAAUUCUUUCAAAUAUUCGUAAGGCAGUUAAACACGGUACCAGGCUUCUCCUUCAUGAGCUUGUUCUUCAACAUGUUGUAAGUGAUGGCAGUAGGGGCGAACAAGCCCCUGAACCACUUCUUCCCAACUUUGGGGUGGGGAGAGCUCGACUGUAUCAGCAAGAUAUGAACAUGCUCAAUCUGUUCAAUAGCAGAGAACGCACUUUGCAGGAGUUUAUCACUAUAGGGAAAAAAUCCAAUUUCAAAUUCAUUAAGCUAUGGGAUGCAGGAGAAUCGUCCAUUGUUGAGUUUGUUGUGUCAGAUUAAAGCAAUAGAAGCUCAAAUGGGUGGCUAAAAGGUCCAUUAACUUGCAGUUAACUGGUUGAAUCAUUCAAUUUGUCCAACUUGGCAUUAUAAAUUUCAAAUACUUUUGCUACUACCCUACCCUUCUAACAAAGUGAAUGCUACCUCUUUUUUGAGUGUACAUACUGGGCCCUGGCCUAGUAAAUUUGACAUUGUCUAGCUCAUAUUGAUCAAUCUGAUGCAGUUAUUCCUGAUGCAACACUGUAGAUCUGUUAGAGAAUAUCUCAAUUGACUGUCAAGCAACUGUAUAUUGUAGACACC